GUAAUAAAAAUGGCGUCGCCCAUGCAAACUGAAGAUCCUGUUGAAUUUGAAGUUAGAAAACGGUUACCGCCAAGACUACCUAGGCGUAAAAUUGAUAUAUAUGUGACAAAAAAGACUAAUUUCAAUUGUCAGAUGGCAAAAUGUGGAAAACUAUUUGAUGAAGGUGAAAAUGAGAUAUAUAUUCAUGGAUUGGGUGCUGCGGUGAACAGAGCUAUUACAUUGGCUUUAGAAUUGAUUGAGAAGUCAGGAGGUACGCUAUCUCAAUCUGUUGAAACCUCAUCUGUUCGACUAACUGAUGAUAUUGAACCGCUGACCGACGAAGGAGAACAUAGUACAAGAACAAGGACUAACUCUGCUAUUCAUAUACGAGUAUUUAAAACAGAAAUAAACAGCUGA